CACCAUGUCCCAGCUGCUCCACGUGGAGAUCCCCAGCUUCGGCAACACCGUGCUGGGCUCCCUCAACGAGCAGCGCCUGCUGGGCCAGUAUUGUGAUGUCUCCAUCCUGGUAAAAGGCCAGCCCUUUAAGGCCCACCGGGCUGUACUAGCCGCCAGCAGCCUCUACUUCCGAGACUUGUUUAGCGGCUCAUCCAAGAGCCAGUUCGAGCUGCCCUCAUCAGUGACUCCCGCCUGCUUCCAGCUUAUAUUAUCCUUCUGCUACACGGGCAAGCUGACCAUGGCAGCCAGCGAGCAGCUGGUGGUGAUGUACACCGCCGGGUAUCUUCAGAUCCAGCAUAUUGUGGAGCGGGGCAUGGACCUGAUGUUCAAGGCCAACUCGCCCCACUGCGACUCCCAAACGGCCGCUAUGGAGGAGCAGCAACCAGGCUCAGAGCCCCAGAGUCCCAGCAACAACACCCUGGCUGGGGCAGGGACCUCCAUCCUGGGGCCGCAGGGCUGGUCCCCCUCCCUGGUGCUGCCCACACGGAAGAUCAAACUGGAGGGAUGCGAUCCGACCCCACUGGGGUUGCCCAGCCUGAGUCAUCAUAAGAGAGGGUCCUCUUCAUCUGAGCUAGGGGGGCGGCUCUCCAGGGGGAGCUCAUUGUUUUACACAGGGUCGGUCGGGACCACCAUCUUCCCGGGGAUGCAGCCCUACCCAGUGGCCGGGGGAGAGAGGUCCAGUCCUGGGGCCUCCAGCCUGCCCACCACAGACAGCCCCACCUCCUACCAGAACGAGGAUGAGGAGUUUGAGGAAGAGCCGUACGACGGGAUCACGGAAGAGGCCUACAGUCAGAUCUAUGGGCGCUCAGCUAACCCAUAUGGAAUCCAGGACAAGCCAGAGAUGGCAGCCAUGCCCCUGUCCCUGGAGAACCGCUCCUGUGUGCUGGUCCGUAGGGACCUGGUGGCCCUGCCCGCCAGCCUCAUCAGCCAGAUCGGAUACCGCUGCCACCCCAAGCUCUACACUGAAGGAGACCCGGGGGAGAAACUGGAGCUGGUGGGAGGUACAUCUGUGUUCAUGACACGGGGCCAGCUGAUGAACUGUCACCUGUGUGCUGGCAUCAAACACAAAGUCCUACUGCGUCGCCUGCUCGCCACCUUCUUCGACAGGAACACCCUGGCUAACAGCUGUGGAACUGGCAUCCGUUCCUCUACCAGUGACCCCAGUAGGAAACCUCUGGACAGCCGUGUGCUAAAUGCUGUCAAACUCUACUGUCAGAACUUUGCUCCCAACUUCAAGGAGAGUGAGAUGAACGUGAUUGCCGCCGAUAUGUGCACCAAUGCCAGGCGCGUCCGCAAACGCUGGCUGCCCAAGAUCAAGUCCAUGCUACCCGACGGCAUGGAGGUCUACCGGGCCGGUGUGGGGGUGGCCGCUGGCGUUGGUCUGGGCCUGGCCCUGGGAGCCGCCGGACCCGGGGUGGUGCUCCCCUUCGAAACCGACUUCAAAUCCCUGACCCCCUCUAGCCUUUCCCUGGACCAGAGGCUGUACCCGGAACUCAAGGACCCGCUCAGGACUCACGCCCUGUUGGACAUGGGCAGCCCGGGAUCGGGGGUGGCUAUAGGGGAGGACGUGGACGCGGAGAUCGUUGGUUCCCAGGCAGGGGGGGAUGAGCAGCAGGAGGAGGAGGAGGAGAUGGGGUUGGAUGGUGUGGAGGGAACGAUGAUGCCGGGAGGUGAGGCCGGAGAGCGGGGUGACAUGGCCCCGGGACAGGAAGGGGAGGAGUUUUGAGAGGGCCUGAUAGUGAACGGGCAGUGAACAUCCCCUGACUACUGUCUCCGAUCCGCCACACUUUGUCUAUCGCUUGCUAUUUCUUUUCUCCUCCAUCUCUUGUCCUCCUCCACGCUCUCCAAAGGGAACCUCUCAGCACGAGAAGCCACGCUUGCAGAACUUACAGUACUGUGCAAUGAACAAACACACACACACUGCAGUGUAUUCUUUAGCAGGGCAGGGAGUACAAGAAGUACAAGAUUUUUUAUGCUGAACAGACACAGGCAUUGCUGGGGAACAAGCAGAAUGACUUAGCGAAUAUAAGAAAUCUCUCAUUUAAACAUGGAAAAACAUUACUUUACUAUUUCUCCAGAUUAUUUUUUAUGUUCUGGUUCAUCUUCAAGACCCCAUUGUAGAAAACUCAACAAAGUAACGCUGUUGUGUUAUCAUUCCUGCAUAGUAGUAGAACUUGCUACGUAACAGUUUACUGUACAUCUAUGGAAUGGAUCAGAUAAGACUGUAAAAUUAUAGCCCUCUUUCUUGGAAUAGAUAGAUAGAUGUAUUUGAUCAUUUAAAACACAAUACAACCACACAUGUGGAUAAUGCAUUUAAAAUCAUCAAGUUUGACACAAAAAAGUUUGAAAACAUAUCUCCAUUGUGAUUAUCUUAAAUAAAUGGUUAAAACAUAAACAUAGUAAUACUAGGGUAAACAGUAGACCUAAACUACUAGGCAUACUUGGGUUACAGAUAUAAUAAUAAUUAAUACAUUAUUAUUUAACCUGUAUUGCGUUUUUCAAAGGAAAGCAGAAUGGGUUCUGAAAAUAACCUCAGUAAUGCUGAAGCAGCAGACACUACACUGGCUGUGUGAGAGACUGAACAUACAGUUCUCUACAGGAACAACAUGGAUCAGUGUAUUUAAUACAAAUGACCAUAUUCCUUCUUUAAGUGCCACACAAAUUCUUGGAAGAAAUCAUAUCAUCUCAUCUCAACAUACAGAGCAACAAAUCAGUUGAACAAUUGCAUGUGGGGAAAAACCAAGCAUGUGAUUUUGUGACAGAGAAGAGAAACUUUUAACCUCUCAUCCUGUUGCUUAAGGGUUGUGGUUUUCCAACUGAUUGAACAAGUGAUCUGGAAAUAUGAAGGGCUUUUUUGUCUAUGGAUCAUCCUUAUACAAGAUGAUUUCUUCUAUUAGCCAGUCAAUGCAAUGCCUGUGACUUUUGGCGGAUAAACUCACGUAUAUACACACACUGUUCCCACACACCUUGUGAUUUUAACAUCUGAUACAGUACAGAUGCAUCUGAGACACUGACCAACCAGCUUAACAGUGUUUGCAUCAUUUAGCAUACCUUUACAAAGAAACACACAAUAUCACAAUGCCAGAGACACAAACAUGCACUAACACAAAGCUUGCAUGCAAAAUGAAUACAGAGACUCAGCAACAACAAUAAAAACAGAGCCAUUUAUGAAUCUGCAUACAGAAAACAAUCAGCAUUUGCCUGAAGAUAGAUCAUUAAUAGGAGAGACUAGUAUACGUGUUUCUCUUCGGAGUCAUGCGUUUGGCCUACGUUUGACUCAGAUUAGUGUAACCUGGGUUUGGCCUUGGCCUGGGGUGGAGGCAUGCUAGAGACAUGCUGGAAAGAAAGGAUUGUCACUAAGACUACAGCACCCAGCCUACAGCUUCCUUUCAUCCUCCGACAAUUUUUGUUGUUGUAAAUUAUUGAAUGAAACUAAUAUGAGACAUUUCUGCUGGCUUAUUUGAAGAGGUUAUAGGGAGGGAUUGAUGGUAAACUUAUGGAGCUGCUGAGAUAUGACUGUUCUAAAGAAGUAACUGACAUUUGCCCCCUUAUCUUGGAAGGUUUGAGGUUAGUGGACUUGGACGGCCGUUCAUGCUGACGACGACAGUUAGGGAGAUGAGAGACAAAAUGUUGCACAGCGGCAUUUACUUGUUUUGUCGCACUUUUUAUUUUUAUAUAUUUAGUCUGUUCUAGCUGUUCAUUUUUGCCACAAGUAGGGAUUCUAAAUGGAAGGGUUGCUUGGGGUAACAUAUUGAUAGGCCUAUCAGACACCCACGCUGUAUAUAUGUUAUAGUUUAUGAAUGUGUACUUAAUCUAAAACCUGGUUAAAAACAUGAGGUUUCAUCAACUCCCAAAACAGUAAUUUGAAUGAACAGCCUUUUUUUGUUGUUUUAUAAUUGCAUGAUGGGAAAGCACAUCAUGUUUGUUAGAUAUUAUUGUUCUGGAAACAUCUAUAUUUACUAAAAAACAAGAUUGAUCUGGUUUCAGAAACAAAUCUAUUUUUGUCCCCAAUGUCAUUCGACUUCAGCUUACACUGGGCCAACUUUCAAAACGCUGGCAUGCUUGGGAUAACAUAACAAUGAAACAAGAGAGAACAAACAAGAUCACAUUUCCUCUUUCCAAUGCUUUACUAUAUAUGCCAUUUUCAAGAUUGGGCCAAUUGUGUUGUGUUUAAUAUAUAUAUAUGAUCCUGUCGAAUGGUUAUUUUGGGUAAGCUUUAGUGUGGUGCUGUUUCUGUUAUAAGGAGCCCAGAUGUAUAAUUGCACUAGCUAGGAAAUGAGGAAAAAAUACGUUUACAAGAGUAUUGUUGGAGAAAUGUGACCUGCAAGGAAGGGGGAUGAGUGAAUGGUUGUUUGAGAGUGCGGGUGAAUGUAAACUGUAGCACUGCUUCAGCUGGUUUCUAGCCUUGGUAGAGCAUAGGAACAGUACUGUACAUUAAAGUACAGGAUCUUGGUGCCACAAUAUACAAUUAUUUUCUAGCAGCUUGUACAGAGUUGUAUCUGCUCAUAUAAAGUGGGCCGGAGAAUGGAAUAACAUGAAGUUAUUUGAAAGAAAGGGUGACUGACUUUCCGUCUUAAGUGCACUGGAGCUGCUGUGUGAUUUCAAUAAAGAAGGAUUGUGAAGAUG